AUGUCCGCCUUCACCCUGGAGGAAACGCUGGAGGCUGACUGGGUGGCCGUGAGGCCUCAAUCCUUCCAGGAGCGGGAGAAGCACAAAUUCGUCUUCACCAUGGCCUGGAACAAGAUUGAGGGCAAGUUCACCAUAACCUGCCACAACUGCAUGGCGCAGCACCAGCGCAGUGGCUCCCGCGAGCUCUACCGCUGCGACCCCAAGGCCAGAACCUCCCCCAAGGCCAGCAUCCCCAUGGUGAACAGGGGCCCGGCCUGGGGUACGGGCUCCAGUCUGGCACCGGCCGAGGCGCUGCCGAAGAGCCUGCUGCGCACCAAGAGUAGCCCGUCCCAGAGGUCACUGCGGGGCCCAGAGGCAGAAUGUGUCACUGAAGAGAUAGAAGCACUGGAGCUGGGGAAGGAGGAGGCCGUCUCCCUGUUGCUGCCACCCUCACCACUGCAGGCAGCCGAGUUGGCUGCUCCCAACAUGGAGCCCAUGGGGGAGGAGUGCACUUGGGCAGGCCUCUUCUCCUUCCAAGACUUGCGGGCUGUGCACUAUCAGCUGUGUUCGGUGAACUCGGACCUGGAACCCUACCUGCCUGCUUUCCUUGAGGAGCCCUCGGGCGUGUGGGCGGUGGUGUUCAGAGCUCUGGAGCUAUCCGAGCAGGAGAUGGACGCUCUCUGCUACAAACUACAAGUUUACUUGCUCCGUAGCUUGGAUACCUGUGGCUGGAAGAUCCUUUCACAGGUGCUCUUCACUGAGACUGACGACCCCGAAGAGUAUUAUGAGAGCCUGAGUGAGCUGCGACAAAAGGGGUACGAGGAGGUGCUGCAGCGGGCCCGCAGGCAGAUCCGGGAGCUUCUGGAAAGACAUAAGAACAUGGAAAGCAUGGUAGAGCUGCUUGAACUAUAUCAAAUGGAAGAUGAAGCAUACAGUAGUCUUGCAGAAGCUACCAUGGAGCUCUACCAGUACUUGCUGCAGCCAUUCCAAGAUAUGAAGGAACUCGCGAUGCUUAGAAGACAGCAGAUAAAGAUCUCAGUAGAUAAUGACUACCUAGGCCCCAGAAGAAUUGAGAGUCUGCAAAAAGAAUAUGCUGAUUGGCAGAGAAAAGCCCACAUGGCUGUGCUUUCUAUUCAAGAUCUUACAGUUAAAUACUUUGAAAUAACAGCUAAAGCACAGAAAGCUGUGUAUGAUCAAAUGUGAACAGACCAGAAAAAAUUUGGUAAGGCAGCAUGGGCAGCAGCAGUAGAACGUAUGGAAAAGCUUCAGUAUGCAGUUUCUAAGGAGACUUUGCAGUUGAUGUGUGUUAGAGAAAUCUGUUUGGAGCAGAAGAAACAUACACUGAAGGAGGAACCAGUUCGCAGUCCACCUCACUACCCGAUCAUCCACACCACACUCCCUCAGUUUAGCUGUAAGGAUGAUGUGGGAGACUCUCAAAUGCCUUACUGA